AUGCGGGUUUAGAGUACGAUUGAAGGAAUAGAUUUACACCACUAAGUGCAAGAGGCACGUAGAUGAUAAAUCGUCGGUUAACUGGUAGGGUAGUAUAGUAUAGAAGUAUGACAUAGUUUACUAUUGUUGUGUGAUGACAGUCAAAGUUAGCACCGGUAUGCUAUGUGCGCAGAAGGUAGAUAAGCUGCCUGUUUUGCUGUGUGCGCGUCUUUUGUUGGCUGUGCUUCACUCAUGCUGCUGCCGGGUCGAGCGCUCGGUAUGAGCAGAAUAAAAGUAUGUUCUGCGGCUACUCACCGUCUCGUGGAUUAGACACAACAUAUUGGCGACGAGCUGGACGUACGAUCAACCAUCUCCGGAAAGAAAUCUCACAGCAGUACAGUAACAACUUCGAGGGAUAAGGCAACACGCAUUGCUCAAUGCUAACAUACUGAUCCAGGAUAUUCUGUGACGAGCAACAAUUGGGGAAGCACCUGGAACAGAACAACCUCAAGGAACAGGACACAGACACCAUGCACAAGCAAGUGUGACAAACGAGGCUUCAUCUUCAGAAAACAGGUACCCCUCUCUGGCAUGACUUCUGUCCUGACUGGGAACCCUCGAAGAUGGCCUCUCUGAAGACCCCUGAAUACAGGCCCUCUGGGGACAAACACCAACAGUUUACUCCCCACGAAGGAAGAGGCGAGAGAUCCUUGUGUCCUUGAGUGAUCAAGUUCCAGCCCCUCGGAUUCACAACCUGAAGAGAUGCAGCUCUCACCAGAGUUCAGUGGUCAGAUCGUGAAAGUGAAAUCGGAGCCACCCGAUUUUGCCUGCCAGCCAGAAGAGGGUCAGGUACAGCAACAGCAGUGCAGCAAGCCUUCACCAGGAGGUGAUGCUGAUGGAGUGACAUCUGGUACGUGUCACAUUAAAGAAGAACGUCGAGAGGAAUCUUCCAAUGAACAUCCAAUCAUAGAAGUGAAGACAGAGCCUUACAAUGUUGCAAUCAUAACAGAGCUGGACCAGAUGGGACGCAACUGUGAUUCAAUACCUGAAGACGCAAGAGGGAACACUGAUACGCUCCAUAUUAAGGGCAAGCCUAAAGGCACUUGUGAUCAAGAAUACUCUAGUUGCGCUUCUUCAGGUGCACAGUUCAGCACAACAACAGUUGAACUGCAGCCCGACGGCACUGCACUAUUCACUAUGAAUGACCAACCCGCUGGGCGACAUCGAGACCAGAGCAAGCCACGUGCACUCGCAUGCAUGUCGAAUGCCAGCCUCGAAUGCCACAUGUUUGCAGAGUGUCACAAUGAGUCUGAAAAGUGUUCCACUCCUCCUCCGACGGAUAUACAGAUGGGAGAGAAGGGUUCUGGGUGCAACAUCUAUCCCUCUGCAUUCUCGUGGUCACGAAGUGACGACAACCAUGUGGCGAAGCAUACUGAGAAGAGGCCAUACAAGUGCGAUGUCUGCCCUGCGGAGUUCAGUCAGGGCGGGCACCAACGGCAGCACAAGCGAGCCCACACGGGCGAGAAGCCAUACAAGUGCGAUGUCUGCCCUGCGGAGUUCAGUCAGGGCGGGCACCUACGGCGGCACAAGCGAGCACACACGGGAGAGAAGCCAUACAAGUGCGAUAUCUGCCCUGCGGAGUUCAGUCAGGGCGGGCACCUACGGCGGCACAAGCGAGCACACACGGGAGAGAAGCCAUACAAGUGCGAUGUCUGCCCUGCAGAGUUCAGUCAGGGCGGGCACCUACGGCAGCACAAGCGAGCACACACGGGAGAAAAGCCACACAAGUGCGAUGUCUGCCCUGCGGAGUUCAGUCAGGGCGCGAACCUACGGCAGCACAAGCGAGCACACACGGGAGAGAAGCCAUACAAGUGCGAUGUCUGCUCUGCGGAGUUCAGUUGGGGCGGAAACCUACGGCAGCACAAGCGAGCACACACGGGAGAGAAGCCAUACAAGUGCGAUGUCUGCCCUGCGGAGUUCAGUCAUAGCGGGAACCUACGGCGGCACAAGCGAGCACACACGGGAGAGAAGCCAUACAAGUGCGAUGUCUGCCCUGCGGAGUUUAGUCAAGGCGCGCACCUACGGCGGCACAAGCGAGCACACACGGGAGAGAAGCCAUACAAGUGCGAUGUCUGCCCUGCGGAGUUCAGUCAGGGCGGGCACGUACGGCAGCACAAGCGAGCACACACGGGAGAGAAGCCAUAGAAGUGCGAUGUCUGCCCUGCGGAGUUCAGUCAGGGCGUGCACCUACGGCAGCACAAGCGAGCACACACGGCAGAUAAGCCAUACAAGUGCGAUGUCUGCCCUGCGGAGUUCAGUCAGGGCGUGCACCUACGGCAGCAGAAGCGAACACACACUGAAGAGAAGCCAUACAAGUGUGAUGUCUGCCCUGCGGAGUUCAGUUGGGGCGGAAACCUACGGCGGCAUAAGAGAGCACACACGGGCGAGAAGCCAUACAAGUGCCACCUCUGCCACGCAGAGUUCAGCCGCAGCGGGGCCCUACAGCAGCACAAGCGGGCACACACGGGGGAGAAGCCAUACAAGUGUGACGUUUGCCACGCAAAGUUUAGUUACAACGGGAAUCUACAGCAGCACAAGCGGACACACACGGGCGAGAAGCCAUACAAGUGUGAAGUCUGCCAUGCAGAGUUCAGCCUGAUCGGGCACCUACAGCAGCACAAGCGGACACAUACGGGCGAGAAGCCAUACAACUGCGAUGUCUGCCAUGCAGAGUUCAGCAGGGGCGGGAACCUACAACAGCACAUGCGGAUACACACGGGCGAGAAGCCAUACAAGUGCCAUCUAUGCCACGCAGAGUUCAGACAGCGCGGAACCUUGACACGUCACAAGCGAACACACACGGCUGAGCAGCCAUAAAAUUGCAACCUCUGUCCUGCAGUGUUCAUCCACAACCCAAACUUGCGGUGUGAAACAUGUGCAGUCCCUGUCGUGUAGAAUAUCAAAAGCAGACAGCUUGGGGUGAGAAACCACAAAGGAGCGUUCUCUGUUCUGCAAAGCUGAGGCACAGCACAAACCUGCAGUGAAACAAGAAGACCUACAUGGGUGUGAAGCCAUACAAGUGCAACCUCUGUGCUGCAGAGGACGAACGCACAAAGUUAGAGAAGCUGCUGCUAGAGCUAGUUCAGCCAGAGCAUGAACCUGUGACCUAACAUGCAGCCACGACACACUUGGGAUGGUGACCAUACAAGUGCUUAGAGGCCGCGUACACUUUAAAGUGCACCAGUCCUGGGCUGUCGCAUGUCCUUGAUGCAGACAUCUGAAGAAGCACAUGCUCAUGCACAGAUAGGCGAACGCUAUUCCGAUGCGAUCUGUAUUCCGCCGUAUUUUACUUGUGUUUCACAUUUUUGAAACUCUCACUCACGAACAGGCAGAGGGUAAAAAGAGGUGGUGACAUAUGUGAAACGUAAACAAACAAACAAACAACCAACGAAGGGACAGACAUACAAUGGCUCUGAACUGCUAACCAGUGUUUACUUCCAUGAAAAACAUGCAUUGCAUUGCUUCCGUUUUGCCUCUGUGUUCCUUUCUUUAUUCAUUUCCUCUGUUUAUGAUGAAUGCUUCGUUUACGCCCUGCAUCUCCUCACCUGAUGACACAAACGAAUAAGUCAACCCAAAGAAAUAAAAGAAUAUUUCUACAAGA